CCCGGCCCGGCCCGGCCCACGCGUUCGGAGCGCUAUGGCGUCGCCGCCCAAGAGGCCGAAGGCAGCUGCCGGGAGCGGGGUCCGGGAUGGGGGCAGCGCCGAUCCCCUCCCCGCUUUCCUGGCCUGGUGCGGCCGGGUCGGCGUGGAGCUCAGCCCAAAGGUUCGCCUGGGCCGGCAGGGCGCGGUGGCGGGGUACGGCAUGGUGGCUGCCCAGGAGCUGGAGGCGGGAGAGGUUCUGUUCAGUGUGCCCCGAACCGCGCUGCUCUCCCAGCACACCGGCUCCAUCCACGGCCUCCUGGAGCAAGCCCAGGAGUCCCUGCAGAGCCAGUCUGGGUGGGUGCCUCUCUUGUUGUCCCUGAUACACGAGUACACAGCCAGCAACUCCCACUGGAAGCCUUACUUAUCUCUCUGGAAGGACUUCAGGAGCCUGGAUCACCCCAUGUUCUGGCCUGAAGAGGAGCGAACAAGGCUCCUGCAGGGCACAGGCAUCCCUGAAGCAGUGGACAAGGAUCUGGCUAACAUCCACCUGGAGUACAGCUCCAUCAUCCUGCCCUUCAUGAAGGCCCACCCCAACAUCUUUGACCCCAAGGUGCACACGCUGGAGCUGUACAAGCAAUUGGUGGCAUUUGUCAUGGCCUACAGCUUUCAGGAGCCUUUGGAGGAGGAAGAUGAAGAUGAGAAGGGGCCCAAUCCUCCAAUGAUGGUGCCUGUGGCAGACAUUUUGAAUCACGUAGCCAACCACAACGCCAACCUGGAGUACUCUCCCCAAUGCUUACGGAUGGUUACAACGCAGCCCAUCAGCAGAGGACAAGAGAUCUUCAACACCUAUGGGCAGAUGGCCAACUGGCAGCUCCUCCACAUGUAUGGCUUUGCUGAGCCCUACCCUGGCAACACCAAUGACACAGCUGACAUCCAGAUGGUGACAGUGCGCAGGGCAGCGCUGCAGCGUGCCAAAAGUGAAGCAGAGCAGCAGUUGGUCUGUGAGCAGUGGGACUUCUUGUGCCAGCUGGAGAUGGUGGGGGAGGAAGGUGCCUUUGUGCUGGGCUGGGAUGAGGUGCUGACAGAGGAAGAACUGUCCAUGACCCUGAAGGUGCUGUGCAUGUCAGAAGAAGAAUUCAGGGAGUAUAAGGAACAAGAUGGCUGGGAGGAUGACAGCGAGGAAGAGGAAAAUUCUGCCCUUUCUAAUGAGGCUCUCUCCAGGCUGAAAACUCCUUGCAAAAAGCUCCUUUAUGACAGUGUGCUGCUGACCCUGGAGUCCUACAGGUCAGACUUGAAAGCAGACCAGGACUUGUUAAAUAACCAGGAGGUUUAUGAGAAGCUGAGUCGAAGGGAGCAGCAAGCUUUGCACGUGCGUUAUGGACAGAAAAGGAUUCUGCAUCAGCUCCUGGAGCUGGUGCAAUAGGAACUUGGCUGCCUCUGGAAAUGAACAGCCUGGAACUCUGCUCAGCCUUUGGCCAUCUCUUCUACAGCAGCCAGAACAGAUGGUGAGAUGAAAUAUGGGUCCACUUCUCCUCCAAAUGGCAUGUAGGGUUUUUCUAUACCUCUACAGAAAUCAUCUCCCAGAACACAGAAGUGGGUUUGGGUGGCCUGAUCUUGCAGGGAGAUCUCUGGAGCACAACCACCCCCUUCUUCUGGAGGGCUUUAGAACAGCUCCAUCUCUUCAUAGCUGCUUUAGGAAGGAAGACAGCCAGACUGUGUCACAACAAGUGGGCUCCCUCCUGUAGCACAUUUAAGGCAAGAACUGCUCCUUGUUCAGAUGAAGAGGGCCAAAAUCCAGCUGGGUAGCUGUAGCCUUACAGAGAGAGGUUCAGAGUAAGCAUCUGGCAGGUGGGAAUGCUGGUAACACUAAACUCUUGACCUAUAUUUUGUUACUCUGAGCAUUUUUUAAGAGUACACACCCAAUGCUCAAUAUUGGCAAGGUAUUUCACCUCUGUAAAAGGCAUUUCUCUGGGGGCUUGAGAGAGCUCUACAGCUGCUGGAGGUGAGAAGCAUUUGCUACACACCCUCCAGAGUUCUCUGCUGAACUCUGCACUCCCCUGUGCCAUCUUUCCCUACAUUGCUCUUUUCCCCCUCAGCAGUUUUUGCCUGACAACACCCAAAGUCUGCAGGACCAGGUGUAUGGAAUAAAGACUGUUUCUUACCCACCCAGUGCUGUCUGCUUCAACAGGGUGCAAAGCCCUAUUUAAAAGUGGGGUGGGGAUCUUUGCUUCUGUUAGACCACCAAGGUGGUGUAACCCCACCUGGGAUGUUUUUCCUUCCCUUUGGCAGUGGUGUAAUGUUGUGAGAGAGUCCAGUCUGCUCUCCUGUCUCUUCCUACAAGCAGACAAGAAUCCAAACCAGGCAGAUGGUGGAUGGAAGGUUGGUCUGCAACUUCUGGAACAUCAAGUGCCUGAUACCCAGGGUCUCAGCUGGCACAGUCACUGCUCAUUCCUGGGAAGUUGACUCCAGCUCCAUCUUAACAGUACAAGAGGAUGUGAAGUGCAGUGACCUCCCAUCCUACUGCCCCAACUGGUGUUUCUGGGACUCAGCCUGCUUCCCAGUCCCUCUUUACACCAGCUGAACAGUUCUUCAAGCCCAAAGAGAACUGGCUGUGUACAGCAGCUUUAGUACAAAACCAGAGAGACCUUUGAGUCCCUAAGACAUACCAAAAAGCUCUUGCAUAUGGUUUGCUAGAGAUAAAUGGCAGAAAAAAAUUAAAAAUA